CGUAGAAGCAAUUUGACUCCGAUAUUGUGCUGGAUACAGUCAGGAGCAGUUUGAAGUCCUCUCUCUGCCCUGGCUGCAGCCGGUGUUGACCUGUCAGACAGCGAGUGGCCCCAUGGAGGACAUGGAGGUAGAGCGUGUAGCCCCGGAAGGCCCUGACGUGGCCCCUGUGGAGGAGGAACCUCUCUUCACUAACUUGGACAUAUUCCUUUUUUCUCUCAUUGUUGGCCUACUCAUCUACUGGUUCCUUUCUCGCAAGAAGACUGAGGACCCCGUCCCAGAGUUCAAGAGGCUCACCCCUGUAGUCACUCCGCAGCGAGAAACCAGCUUUAUUGAAAAAAUGAAGAAAACGAACAGGAACAUGGUGGUUUUCUACGGCUCUCAGACGGGCACGGCGGAGGAGUUCUGCGGCCGACUGGCCAAAGACGCCCAGCGCUACGGAAUGAGAGGCAUGUCAGCUGACCCCGAGGAAUAUGACAUGUCGGAGCUGCCUCGUCUUGCGGAGAUCGACAACUCCCUGGCUGUGUUCUGCAUGGCCACCUAUGGGGAGGGGGAUCCCACAGACAACGCUCAGGACUUUUACGACUGGAUGCAGGAGAACGACGAGGACCUGAAAGGAGUCAACUUCGCGGUGUUUGGCUUGGGGAAUAAAACAUAUGAGCACUUCAAUGCAAUGGGAAAGUAUACCGACAAGAGACUAGAAGAGCUGGGUGGCAAGAGGAUCUAUGACCUGGGAAUGGGAGACGACGAUGGCAACCUUGAGGAAGACUUUGUAUCAUGGAAGGAGCAGUUCUGGCCUGCUGUGUGUGAGCACUUUGGGGUGGAGGCCACAGGAGAUGACACCAGCAUCCGGCAGUACGAGUUGGUGGUUCCAACUGACAUCAACAUGAAUAAGGUGUACACUGGGGAGAUGGGUCGCCUCAAGAGCUUUGAGACCCAGAAACCGCCUUUUGAUGCUAAGAACCCCUACUUGGCCACAGUGGCUGUCAACCGCCAGCUGAACCAAGCCGGCGACCGCCAUCUGAUGCAUCUAGAGCUGGACAUCUCAGGCUCCAAAAUCAGAUAUGACUCUGGAGACCACGUUGCUGUUUACCCCGUUAAUGACGUGUCAAUAGUGAACAGAAUAGGCCAAAUCCUGGAUGCCGACCUGGACACUGUUAUCUCUCUCAACAACCUCGACGAGGAGUCCAAUAAGAAGCACCCGUUCCCGUGUCCGACCACAUACCGCACAGCUCUGACCCACUACCUGGACAUCACCAACCCCCCUCGCACCAACGUACUGUUUGAGCUGGCCCAGUAUGCCACCGACCCCAAGGACCAGGACACCCUGCGCAAGAUGGCCUCCGCCUCCCCCGAGGGCAAGGGUCUGUACCAGAGCUGGGUGCUGGAUGCUCAGAGGAACAUCCUGGCUGUGUUGGAGGACAUGCCGUCCCUCCACCCUACCAUAGACCACCUGUGUGAGCUGCUGCCCCGCCUACAGGCUCGCUACUACUCCAUCGCCUCCUCCGGCAAGGUGUAUCCCACCAUGGUGAGCAUCUGUGCGGUGGUGGUGGAGUUCCAGACCAGCACAGGGCGGACCUUCAAGGGUGUGGCCACCAACUGGCUGAAGAACAAGGUUGUGGUGACGGACAACGGCCACAAGGCCACUGUGCCCAUGUACGUCCGCAAGUCCCAGUUCCGGCUUCCCUUCAAGCCCAGCAACCCGGUGGUGAUGAUCGGGCCCGGCACGGGCAUCGCCCCCUUCAUGGGCUUCCUCCAGGAGAGAGGCUGGAUGAAGGAGCAGGGGAAGGAUGUCGGCGAGACGAUACUGUACUUCGGCUGUCGCCGCAGAAACGAGGACUUCCUGUACCAGCAGGAACUGGAGGAGUUUGAGAAGGCGGGCGUGCUGACUCAGCUCAACGUGGCCUUUUCCAGAGACCAAGAGGGGAAGGUGUACGUACAGCAUCUCCUGAAGAAGAACAAAGAACAUCUGUGGAAGCUGAUCCAUAUUGACAAUGCUCACCUCUACAUUUGCGGGGAUGCUCGGAACAUGGCGCGGGACGUGCAGAACACCUUCUAUGACAUAGCUGAAGAGGUCGGAGGCCUCACACACACACAGGCUGUGGCCUACAUCAAGAAGCUGAUGACCAAGGGACGCUACUCUCUGGAUGUGUGGAGCUAAAGAAGAUGAAGCUUACUUGCCAGGACACCCUCACAACCCCCUAGAUGUUAACCUAUUUCAUUUGGGUGAGGGGUAACGGUAAACACCUUUUUAAACAGUUUUUGGAGGUAACACGUCAGCACCUAAUCUGAAAAUGGAAAGACGUAUGUCUGAAUGUUUGUUGUCCUUUAUUAUUGUUUUUGUUUGUAAUCUUACUGAAAGCCUUUUGAGGGGACUCGUACUGAGAAGUAGUGCUGUUAAUUUAGGAUUGUUUGGGAAUUGGCUCAUACUCUAACUUGACCCCUAACCCCCAGGCCUUUCAUGUAGAUUUGGUCUACAUUCUCCUUUAAGGUUAUGGGGGGGGGGGAACAUCUCUAUUUUGGAAUAAAUCAAUACUUUUUUUUAUUAAGAGUGCAGGCAGACCUUCAUUGUUUCCCAUCAGAUUAGAAAAGUUGGAGAUAAUAUACAGUACCAGUCAAAAGUUUGAACACACCUCCUCAUUCAAGG